AUGGCGAAACUCCGUGCUUUCCUGUCUGGUGUACCGGACGUCCCUCGUACCUACACCGUUCGCGACAUCCGUCACAGAUACUUGCUCUGGAAAUCUCAUGGCGUUCUCCGCAACCUCAGUCCUAUGGAUAUCAGCUCGUUAAUAUGCCUCCUUGGUACCCUCUCGCUCUCGACAUCGACAGUGCCUUACAGCACACUUUACUCGCAUCCUCGUGCUCCUCUUAUGAAGUGCUCGACUUACACUCCUCCCUGGGAUCUCCUUGCCACUCUCUUCUGUGACAAGCGGUACUCCUUAAGGUAUCCCUUGGUAUCUUCAGACCGCUAUUGGAUGAUGCGCACGUAUCUCGCCUUGUUCUCCGAGCGAGCUUCAAGUGAUCCUACGGAAGCUGAGCGAUACCUCUUCAAGGCGGGAAAGCUCUAUGCCUCUCUUUCUACGGCUGCCCAUCCCGACAUUCAUGUGCCUUAUUUACAAGCCUUGCUUGCCUCUCCGUCCGCGGCAUCCGCUGACGCCCUCACGAAAAGCUUCGCCUCUCUGUUAACACGGAGAUGGUGUCAUCCGGCGAUCGUUAAUGUGCUGCUUCAAGUGGUCCUCCGUUCACAAGAGGGUCCUCUGGCUUCGUCGAGGUGGGGCAUCAUCAAUGCUCUUGCCGAGGGCAUCACUGCUCGAGACGAUCGAGAUCCUCCGGUCUACAAUGCAGAACCAACAUCCGCUUAUACGGAAACUUCGCGCAUGCCGCCGGCCCUUGGGAGUGGCAUCAGCAGUUUGGCAAUGGCUUUGGAAGGCGCUGCCUUUGGCUCUGGCUGGGCUCGCGGACGUGGUCAAAUCGACAAUCGUUUGCGAAGCUGGAGCGUUACUAUCGCCAGACGCGUCUUCGCUGUCGAUCCCGAUUCGGAGGACACGGUCGACCUUCGGUGGAACUGUCUCGUAUUUCUCGCUCUCGCCCGCACGCGCUCCACGGACGUUAUCGGCCAGAGCGCGUUCAGGUCGCAAGAUCCUGUGCAGCAGGCAGCGGUAGUAGAAUGGCAGACCAUCUGCAUCCUCACGAUUUUGGAGAACCUCCUGCAGUCGCAGAGUGAGCCCGGCGCCUUGCCGCUCGAGAACGAAAUACUGCGCGGCCUGGCGAGCGUCGUUCGGAAUGUCUGGCGCGAUUGGACCACGGUCCACCCCUCCGUCGCUCCUCCCCGAUCGCUUUUCGUCACCCGUCUCAUCUGCGCAUCCGUCUUCAAGCUCGCAGGCCAGCUCAAGGAUAAGGCUCUCGUGGACAUGUGCCGCGAGUACACGGUCGCGGCUGCGCUGUGGUCCAUGGACCUCGACAAACCCAGGACGGAAGACGGUCUGCAGGAGAUGGCUGCCGAGCAGCUCUACGCUUCUUUGGAGUGCGGGACGUUCUUCGAGCGCGCCCUCGUCGACCUGAUGCUUUAUGCGUCUCACGUGCGCACCCUGCGCGCUGCGGUCGACUUGUCGAUCGUCCGGUAUGCCCGCACGGACCCCGAACAUGCCCAAGAGUUCGUCGCGUGGUCGAGUAACCGCAACAUCGUGCCCACGCAUACAGUCGUCGCGACUGUGGGUGUCGCGUUGGCGCGAUACGGCGUCGGCGACUACUUGGAUCGAUACAUGAACGACGUCCGGCUUCCUCCCGAGUCGCGCGAGAGGGUGCUCUUCGCUCAUCUGUGGGCUUACGUUCGUCAAGGUCGCGAGUUCAUGGCCCCGAGGAAUGUAGCAAACGUGAUGGACCGCGCCUUCCUCGUGCACUUCCAGCUCGACAGCCCAAUGCGCCUGACCUCAGUACUUCAGUCCACACUAUUGGUGUUGAUCCGUCACGGUUAUGCCAGGAAGGUCGUCACGCUCGUCGAGGGGGUCUCUGCCCAGCAGCCCGCGCUGUCCACGGCCCAGUUCUACACUCGUCUACUCCACGCACUCUUGCGCCACCGGCAGUAUUCCGAGGCACGCCACCUGCUCGUACACGCCGUACUGAGAUACCCAGAUAUGACCUCCCGUUGGACUGCGCUAGUAUUGUUUCGCUUGUAUCGUGUGGGUGUGCGCAGACUCGCAACCAGAGUCGCGUCUCGCAUCCAGAUCCACCAGCCACCAUCUUUCGCGAUGCUGGCUGACCUCGCUCGUAACCUACAGUCCCAGCCGCGACAGCUCCCCAGUGACCGCUCAGUCACGUCGAGUCUAGCGUCGAUAGGCGUGGAUGUCGACGAUCCUCGCGCCUGGCAGUACACCGUGAACCUGCUGGCUCGCGCCGGUCGGACCCACGCCGCGAAACAGUUCUUCCUGGCAAUACACGAGCGAGCGAGCCCUCCAGUGCGCACCUCGCUCGGCAACACGAUACUCCACGGGUACUUAUUGCGCACCAGGUCGUCGAACAGGCGGCGCCUACGCUUGGUCACGCACGCAUACAAGGAGUUCGCAGAGCAGCACGACUUCGUCGCGGACCACGUCACUGUCAAUAUUCUGUUGAAGGCGCAGCUGCGUUCACGGACUGAAGUCAACGGAGCGAAAGCGCGAGAGCUCUUCGACGCACUCGUACAACUUGGCUACCCGACUGGAGAGGCCGGCGGUCGGUCAGGAAGCCCUCCGUUCGGUACAAAGAUCGCGGCGGGGAUACGCAUUGGGGAUCUCGACCUCCCGCGCAUCGACGCGCCGCUUUCGUUCAAGCGCCACGUCGAACCGAUGUACAAGACGUUCAUCAAGGCGUUCUACCAGAGGGGCGACGUUGUGGCAGCGAGGAAAAUAAUUGGGAUGCUUAAGAUUCUCGAAGUACGGGGCUAG